AUGCCGCCGGCCGUGGUGAAUCCGCCAUUGUCUGAAUCAUCGUCGGUGCAUUCUUUAACCUCCGACGCCAUUUUUUAUGAACCGGCGUCGGAGAGUCAGCAAUUCGACGAUCUUAGAGGUUUGCAGUGGCGUAUAAACCUUGGGGUUUUGCCUUCUUCUUCCUCUUCUUCUUCAACUUUCAUUGAUGAUCUUCGUCGUGCAACCGCUAAUUCUCGAAGAAGGUAUGCUAGUUUGAGAGGGCGGCUUCUGGUUGAUCCUCAUGUUAAAAUGGAUGAAAGUAGUUCGCCCAAUCUUGUCAUGGACAACCCACUUUCGCAAAAUCCAAACAGUACUUGGGGUCGAUUUUUUCACAAUGCGGAGAUGGAGAGGAUGGUGGAUCAGGAUCUAUCACGCUUAUACCCGGAACAUGGAAACUAUUUCCAGACAAAAGGGUGCCAAGGCAUAUUGAGACGAAUUUUAUUAUUAUGGUGUCUUAGACACCCCGAGUAUGGUUAUAGACAAGGAAUGCACGAGUUGCUUGCUCCUUUGCUUUAUGUUCUCCAAGUUGAUGUGGAGCACCUUUUGGAAGUUCGAAAACUUUAUGAAGAUCACUUCACAGACAGAUUUGAUGAUCUCCUUUGCCAAGAGAAUGAUCUUUCUUACAGCUUUGAUUUUAAAAAAUCUUCAGACUUGUUGAAUGAUGAAAUUGGCUCCCAUGGAAAAGGAAUGAAAAUCAAGAGUCUUGACGAGCUUGAUCCUAAGAUACAGACCAUUGUAUUGCUGAGUGACGCUUAUGAGGCUGAAGGUGAACUGGGUAUUGUUUUAUCUGAGAAAUUCAUUGAGCAUGAUGCUUACUGCAUGUUUGAAGCUUUAAUGAAUGGUGCUCAGGGUUCAGUUGCAAUGGCCAAUUUUUUCUCUUAUUCCCCAGUUCCCGGGUCCCAUACUGGUUUGCCACCUGUAAUUGAAGCUUCCACUGCAUUGUAUCAUUUGUUGUCUCAUGUGGAUUCAUCUCUGUAUAGCCAUCUUGUUGAUCUCGGGGUUGAACCACAGUACUUUGCUCUCCGCUGGUUGAGAGUUUUAUUUGGACGAGAAUUUUCACUUGACAACCUGUUGAUCAUCUGGGAUGAAGUCUUUUUAUCAGACAAUAGUAAAACGGAAAAGCUCGUGGAGGACAAUGCAGACAAUGGUUUAAUGAUCUUUCACUCGUGUCGUGGAGCGUUUAUCUCAGCUAUUGCUGUGGCAAUGUUACUUCAUAUAAGAUCUUCACUACUUGCGACUGAAAAUCCUACGACUUGUCUCCAGAGACUAUUAAGCUUUCCUGAGGACACAGACAUUCAAAAACUGAUAGAGAAGGCUAAAUCCUUGCAGACUCUUGCAUUAAGUCCUGAAAUUUCAUCCUCGACACCUGUACUUAUAGAGUAUCACAACAAUGGUAAAUCAAUAAUUGCGAGAUCUAUUUCCGUUCCAACUGAAUCAGGCUCACCAAAAACUCCUAAGAAUAUUCAACCUGAUAAUAGAUACUGGGAAGAAAAGUGGAGAGUUGUCCACAGUGCUGAAGAACUUAAACAAGAUGGAGUAGAAAAGCAGGUUCCAUCUCAGAAAAAGAGAUGGACAGAAAAGGUAAAGUUAAGUUUGAAAAGAACAGAAUCCGAACCAUCUUCAUCAACGAGUAAGAGUGGUAAACAGGAAUCUAACACAUCUGUUAAACAGAGUUUAUUAAAAGAUCUUUCCAAGGAACUUCAGUUAGAAGAAGAUACAGAAAAACUCGGCGAUGAUGAAAUCUUAUGCCAGCAGGAUAAUCAUUCAGUAGCAAUUGAUAGCUCUACUUACGGUGCUGACGAUAGACUUCCAAGUAAAAGCACUGGCAGUGAGGAAAACUCAUUUAACCCAGCUAGUCCUCCUAAUGAGAUCAAACAUCAUGAAAAUGAAAAUGUCUCACCAAAAUGUAAUGUUGGGUCUAAUUUAUCCAUUGAUGUUAUUAGUGAAAUGUUACUUAGUAGUCCCGUUGAUUCGCCGCUUCCAAUCUCUGAUCAUCCUGAGAACAACCUAUCUCCGGCGCCAGGGCGUAAUAAUGAUUCCAUAGGAAAUUUGGCCACACUUUCUAGGGAUAUAAAACUAAAUAAAUUCCAGUGGCUAUGGAAGUUUGGUCGUAAGAACGGCAGCGAGUUAGUGUCUGAGAAAAGAGGGCGUGCUUCUGAGCCUGUAAAGCCGACCAACAAUUGUAAUAAUCAAAGUAACACAGUACUCUCAUCUAUAGCUGGCGAGCAUUGCAGCUCUGUUAACUUAAAAGGAGAUGUUGCUGACCAGAAUGUGAUGGGAACUUUGAGGAAUAUCGGGCAGUCCAUGCUUGAGCAUAUUCAGGUGAUUGAGUCUGCUUUCCAACACGAGCUUGGUCAGGAUGCUUCAUUGGAUAAUAAUACAUCUAAAAAUGUUCUGGUUGACAAAGGGCAGGUUACUGCCAUGUCGGCUCUCAAGGAGCUGCGACAAAUUAGCAACCUUUUGUCUGAGAUGUGA